AUGCCCAUAAAUACCCUGGGAGAAUGUCCCAAAGGAUGGACCACCACACAGUUCGUUGUUGUCGUCGACCUUGGAGACCGAAACAGGGCUCUUUGGCUUGUCCUGGUCCGAGAGCUUGGACCAGAAGUGGAAGAAGACGAGUACUACGGCAGUCAUCUUCCCGCCAGCCCCAAAGUCGAGAUGGGCUGGGAGGAAUGCAAGAAGGCGUUGGGUCAGACUUGUUCUCAACUUGAGACUGUCCUGCCCAUCAGUCGGACCAACGCUGGAGAAGAGCCCAAGAUCUUCGACUGCGCACGCCUUACCGAGAAAUUUGGAGAUUGGUGCUCAGGAACUGCCUCCACGAUGGCUCAGCAGAUACGAAAGACAGCUGGUGCUCGGAAUCCCCAGCUAUUUAGGACCCCUGGAGAAGAUAUCCUAUUACCAAACGUUGUCGCCGAAGGCUACAUACCUACUCUUGAGCCCGUCUUCUUGGUCUGGCUACGAAACCACAGGCGAGCCAAUGAGGCCAGAUCAUACCCGGGCUGGGGCAUUUACUCAGGGGUUGUGCAUAUCCGCGGCAAUUUUGGCUUCGACCUUGAUGGUGUCAAGUUUGACGGCGCCCGCACGAAUUGA